CGCUUAACCGACUGAGCCACCCAGGCGCCCCUCGUGGUCACCUCUCCUACUCUUUGGACCCUAUUUGUCUAGUCCUGGUCUCUUCAUACGUCGGCCUUUCCUCCAGAACGGAGCCCUUGUCUUUCGCCUCUGACUCGCUGUGAGUCUGCGUGCGUCGAAUGAGAACGCACUCAGGCCCCAGCCCCAUGGGGCGCAGUGUGCCGAAGGGUGGCCCCUGUCGUGCUGAGUAGUGUGCCCUAGAGCCUGUGGGUGUGACCUUAUCUGGAAAAUGGGUCUUCUGCUUUGCAGGUGCAGUGAGGAAAGGAUCUCGAGAUGAGAUCUUUCUGGAACGUGUGAGUGGGCUCAAAUCCCAGGACAGGUGUCCUCCCACGAAUAGGAGAGGACCCAGACACGGGGCGGGUGUGGGAAGAUGGCACCCGGAGGGACGUGGCCACCAGCCCAGCACCGCCUGGAGCCCUUAGGAGCUGGACGAGGCAGGAGGGAUCACGCCCUGGAGCCUUUGGAGGGAGGGCGGCCCUGCUGGGAGAGAAUAAAUUCCCAUUGUUUUGAGACCCCCAGCUGGUGAGUUUGGUAUGGCAGCUUCAGGAGGCUCCUUGCGUGGGGGAAGUCACGCCUUUUUCUCUCUCCCGGAAUCCUACUCUCACUCUCUGAUUCAGUGCCUCCCGUCCUGGGCGCUGGCAGCCAGGCAGGGUGCGGGGUGAAGCAGGUUUUGGGAUGACGCAGCCAGGGUUGAACCCCGGGCACUUGCCAGCGGGCCCGUUCUGAGCCCCCUGCUCCACCUGCCUGAGCUCACUGCCCGCUCUGCGUCGAGCACUAUGGCGUCACCCCCUCGGGAUUCGCUGUGGGGGACCCAGUGAGACGCCCAGCGCCGGCUACAGGGCCCGGUUCCCAGCAUCGCUCACUCGGUGAGCGCCGGUCCAGCUGUGCGCUCCUGGGCCACAAUCCCGGCUCCCUUUUCGCAUCCACGCCUGCCACUCAGCAGGUCAAACGCUCAACGCCUCUACGCGGAGCCUGCAAAGACCAAGUCUGCUGGUGACACGGUCAGGGGAUGGAGACCGUUGGAAACCACAUGGAGAAAAAGCCCUGGGCGCUGAUCUGGUGUCCGCCAGAUAAGGACUGAUCGGGUGAGGCUCUGGCUCCGGAGAUGGUUAACCGAAAGCCGCAGUCCUUAAGAGGGGGUCCCUGCACCCGCUGUAUCCGCGUCACCGGGGAGCCGGGUAGGAAUGCAGAUUCUCAGACCCACGGAGUCAGAAACCGCUGGGUUGUCUGUCACACAGCCCUCAAUCUGGGUUGUCACACGCCCUCAAGGGGACUCGAGCCCGGGUGCCAGGAGUAAAGCAGGUUCACGUUAGAAUUCCGGACGUGACCUUCGUGGACCUGUGUUUUCCCGAAGGGGACCAUUUCCUGUAUUCUGCCAUCUCGGCGGACAGCACAGCAGGUCGGAGAAGCGGUGUCUACUCAACGUCCGGUCCCAGACCAGCAACGCCCGCCUCCCCGGACCUCGGGAGUGAUGUGGAGUCUGGGCUCCACCGAGGGGACAGUGAAUUCGAAUCUGCCUUCUGACAAGACCCCAGUGGGGCCCAAGAAAUGCCGCAGAACCAGCUGGAGCGAGCCUGAGCCCUGUCCCUGAUGGCUGACAACUAUCUGAUCUUGAAGUCUGGAUUUGGGGCCAUGGAGGGACCGACGGCCGGCAGCCCAGGCCUCUCGGAGAAGCCGGUCCCCGCGGCCGCCAGCCCCUCUCUGUCCUCGCUGGGCGCUGUCUUCAUCCUCCUGAAAUCCGCGCUGGGGGCCGGCCUGCUCAACUUCCCCUGGGCCUUCCACAAGGCGGGUGGGGUGACCCCCGCCUUCCUGGUGGAGCUGGUCUCCUUGGUCUUUCUCAUCAGCGGGCUGGUCAUCCUGGGCUAUGCUGCCUCUGUCAGCGGCCAGACGACCUACCAGGGUGUGGUUGGAGGGCUGUGUGGCCCGGCCCUGGGGAAGCUGUGUGAGGCCUGCUUCAUCGUCAACCUGCUCAUGAUCUCCGUGGCCUUCCUCAGGGUGAUUGGGGACCAGCUGGAGAAGCUGUGUGGCUUCCUGCUGCCCAGCGCCCCCCCGGCCCCGCAGCCGUGGUGCGUGGACCAGCGCCUCACCCUGCCCCUGCUCUCCAUGCUGGUCAUCCUGCCCCUGUCCGUCCCGCGUGAGAUCGGGUUCCAGAAGUACACCAGCAUCCUAGGCACCCUGGCCGCCUGCUACCUGGCCCUGGUCAUCGUGGUGCAGUACUAUACCGGGCCCCAAGGCCUUGCUCGUGAGCCCCGCCCCGCACAGAGCCCCUCCUCCUGGACCUCCGUGUUCAGCGUCUUCCCUACGAUCUGCUUCGGGUUCCAGUGUCACGAAGCCGGGGUGUCCAUUUACUGCAGCAUGACCCAUCGGAGCCUCUCCCAUUGGGCCCUGGUCUCCGUGCUGUCCCUGCUGGCCUGCUGCUUCGUCUACUCGCUGACAGGGGUUUACGGCUUCCUGACCUUCGGGGCCGAAGUUUCUGCGGACAUCUUGAUGUCUUACCCGGGCGACGACGUGGUCAUCAUCGUGGCCCGGGCCCUCUUCGGAGUGUCCAUCGUGACCGUCUACCCCAUUGCGCUCUUCCUGGGGAGGUCGGUGAUGCAGGAUCUCUGGAGGAGGAGCUGGUGCCUGGCGUGUGGGCCCGGGGUCCUGGCGGAGCCCUCGGGGCCGUGGGUCCGGGUGCCACUGACCGUCCUGUGGGUCGCCGUGACGCUGGCCAUGGCCCUGCUCCUGCCCGACCUCAGCGAGAUCAUUGGCAUCAUCGGCGGGAUCAGCUCCUUCUUUAUCUUCAUUUUUCCGGGUCUGUGCCUCAUCUGUGCCGUUAACGUCCAGCCUGUAGCUGCACGCGUCAGGUGCUGUUUGGAGGCGUGGGGAGUGGUCUCCGUGCUCGUGGGCACCUUCAUCUUCGGGCAGAGCACGGUGGCAGCCGCCUUGGAACUCCUCUGAGCGGGAGGGGGUCGGCCCGGCCCCAUGGCUGCCCUGGUGCAGCUGCCUGCGUCCAGCUGUGCGACCCGUGUCCUUGCCUCAUAAAGAUGCUGGAGAAAUGGAUACUUCUGCCUCCUGAGGUUGUUCGUUUGGGCUUCUGCUGGCUCAGAGGGUUUCGGGCGCAGUGCCGAGGAGGGCGGAUUCGGGUCCUCGGGCCGCCCUGACAAAGACCGCAGCCUGGGGGCUUCGAAGGGCAGAAGGGUCCCCUCACCGUCUGGGGGCGGGAGCCCGAGACGCAGGUGUGGGCAGGGCCGCGCUGCCUAUCCGGGAGGAUCCCCUGCCCCUUCCAGCCUGCGGUGUGGCUGGCCAUCCGUGGCGGUUCUUGGCCUUCGCUUCCCGCGUGGUCAUCUGCCCUGUGUGUCCCUCCAAAUUUCUUUUCUUUUUUUUUUUUUUUUUUUUUUUUAAAGUUAGAGAC